CUCCUCCUGCUCCAUUGCUCCUCGCUGCCGCGCGCCCUGCUCACCGCCUCUGCCGCGCGCGUACCAUGUCCGGCAGCUACUCCUCUCGCCUCCGCGGCGGGGGCGCCGGUGGAAGUUUAGGAGCGACGACGCUGCUGGCAGCGAAGGUGGCGUUCGCGUCCGCCGCGCUGGCCGCGGCCGCGUCCCUGGCACGCGUGGCGAUCCCGCAGCUCGUGUCCGGCGCCGACGCCUUCCUCUGGAAGCUCUACCUCUUCGUCACCGUCCACGUGAUCAUCUUCGUCAUCUGGAAGCUCUCCGACAACAAGCACUUCCACGCCUCCGCGCACAAGGACCCGUGGGCGCCGGUGCCUCACCACCCCGCGCCCCCGCUGCUGAGCGAAGAUGUUGCACGGUCCGCCAUGAAGCGCAAGGUGGAGUUCGCGCCCGCCGACAGCGUCGUCCGGGGCGGCGAAGAGUACCGCGUGCCGCAGUUGGUGUCGCGGCUGCACGAGGCCGUCUCUCCGGCGGAGGAGGGGGUCGUUUCCCAGGGCUCGUGCUUUGGCGAGCCGUGCGUCACGACCACCACGGAGUCCGAUGAGGACGAGUCCUACGCCGCCGUCACCUCGUCGGCCUACGUCGCAGCCGCCGACACGAUGCAGGGCGUGGCACCGGCGCGGGAGCGCGUGUUCGUUGAGCGUGGGCUCUCGCUGCCUCCACCCCCGGAAAUGGUGGCCACGGCCGAGUACUUCGACGACGCCGACCACGACCACGCCAGCGGCGACGACGACCUUGACGCGACGUGGAACGCCAUCAUGCAGAAGACCCGUCCUGCCACGGUACCUGCCUUAUCCUCCUCCUCAAAGGCCUCACGCUCAUCGCCUCCGCGGCCGAGGGCCCGCGAGCCGUCGGUCGGCGCGGUGGAGCUGAGCAGGCGGUCCGAUGAUUUCAUCAAGAAGAUCCACCACUCCUUCGGCCGGCAGCAAUAAUUCUCCACCCACGUCCGAUCCAAACCCCGAUCCGAUCGAAAAUUUUCUUGCUGUGACUGUGAGGAGAUAUCAUCAUAUCCUCUGCCGCGGCCUCAGCAUGCUCUGCCACGGCAGCGUCUUUCGGCUGAUGCUAUCUAGCCUGUAGCCGACCUCGGUGUGCGCCGUCCAUGGUGAUCUGCAUUGGCGCGCGGCAUGGAUUUCGGCUGUGCGCACUGUUCUGCAUCUCGCCUCUUGACGCAGCUGUUCCGUCCACAAGCUGCGCCUUCGUCGAUCUCCUCGUUGUGAUCUGCAUAUGACACCCGCGUAUGCAUCAACACAAAGUACAGAGCAUUCUCUCAAACACUCAUCCUUCAUUAACUUCAAUGUAUAUUUCCAGGCGUCCUUGUGAAAGUAUGGUUUAAGAAUCUGUAAUAUCGGAAGCUUCCUUUUGAAUGUUGAAACACGGCUGGAUACCGAGUUUCCUGGUUUAA